AUGUCGACCCUUACACCGACAGAGUCCUCCACCAGAUCAGUGUUCGAUCUCCUGGACAGAACCCUCCACCAGAUCAGUGUUCGAUCUCCUGGACAGAGCCCUCCACUAGAUCAGUGUUCGAUCUCCUGGACAGAGCCCUCCACCAGAUCUGUGUUCGAUCUGGACAGAGCCCUUCACCAGAUCAGUGUUCGAUCUCCUGGACAGAGCCCUCCACCAGAUCUGUGUUCGAUCUCCUGGACAGAACCCUCCACCAGAUCAGUUUUCAAUCUCCUGGACAGAGCCCUCCACCAGAUCAGUGUUCGAUCUCCUGGACAGAGCCCUCCACCAGAUCUGUGUUCGAUCUCCUGGACAGAGCCCUCCACCAGAUCUGUGUUCGAUCUCCUGGACAGAGCCCUCCACCAGAUCAGUGUUCAAUCUCUGGACAGAGCCCUUAACCAGAUCUGUAGCCCUCCACCAGAUCUGUGUUUGAUCAGGACAGAGCCCUCCACCAGAUCUGUGUUCGAUCUCCUGGACAGAACCCUCCACCAGAUCUGUGUUCGAUCUCCUGGACAGAACCCUCCACCAGAUCAGUAUUCAAUCUCCUGGAUAGAGCCCUCCACCAGAUCAGUGUUCGAUCUCCUGGACAGAGCCCUCCACCAGACCAGUGUUCGAUCUCCUGGACAGAGCCCUCCACCAGACCAGUGUUCAAUCUCCUGGAUAGAGCCCUCGACCAGAUCUGUGUUCAAUCUCCUGGACAGAACCCUCAACCAGAUCAGUGUUCGAUCUCCUGGAAAGAACCCUCCACCAGAUCAGUGUUCGAUCUCCUGGACAGAGCCCUCCACUAGAUCUGUGUUCGAUCUCCUGGACAGAACCCUUCACCAGAUCAGUGUUCAAUCUCCUCUACAGAGCCCUCCACCAGAUCAGUGUUCAAUCUCCUGGAUAGAGCCCUCCACCAGAUUAGUGUUCGAUCUCCUGGACAGAGCCCUCCACCAGAUCAGUGUUCGAUCUCCUGGACAGAACCCUCCACCAGAUCAGUGUUUGAUCUGCUGGACAGGGCCCUCCACUAGAUCAGUGUUCGAUCUCCUGGACAGAGCCCUCCACCAGAUCAGUAGCCCUCCACCAGAUCUGUGUUUGAUCUGGACAGAGCCCUCCACCAGAUCUGUGUUUGAUCUGGACAGAACCCUCCGCCAGAUCUGUAUUCAAUCUCCUGGACAGAGCCCUCCACCAGAUCAGUGUUCGAUCUCCUGGACAGAGCCCUCCACCAAAUUUGUGUUCGAUCUCCUGGACAGAGCCCUCCACCAGAUCUGUGUUCGAUCCCCUGGAAAGAACCCCUCACCAGAUCAGUGUUCGAUCUCCUGGAAAGAACCCUCCACCAGAUCUGUGUUUCCUCUGGACAGAGCCCUCCACCAGACCAGUGUUCAAUCUCCUGGACAGAGCCCUCCACCAGAUCAGUGUUCGAUCUCCUGGACAGAACCCCUCACCAGAUCAGUGUUUGAUCUCCUGGAAAGAGCCCUCCACCAGAUCAGUGUUCGAUCUCCUGGACAGAGCCCUCCACUAGAUCUGUGUUCGAUCUCCUGGACAGAACCCUCCACCAGAUCAGUGUUCAAUCUCCUGGACAGAGCCCUCCACCAGAUCAGUAGCCCUCCACCAGAUCUGUGUUUGAUCUGGACAGAGCCCUUCACCAGAUCAGUGUUCGAUCUCCUGGACAGAGCCCUCCACCAGAUCUGUGUUCGAUCUCAUGGACAGAGCCCUCCACCAGAUCUGUGUUCGAUCUCCUGGACAGAGCCCUCCACCAGACCAGUAUUCAAUCUCCUGGAUAGAGCCCUCCACCAGAUUAGUGUUCGAUCUCCUGGACAGAGCCCUCCACCAGAUCAGUGUUCGAUCUCCUGGACAGAACCCUCCACCAGAUCAGUGUUUGAUCUCCUGGACAGAGCCCUCCACCAGAUCAGUGUUCGAUCUCCUGGACAGAGCCCUCCACCAGAUCAGUGUUUGAUCUCCUGGACAGAGCCCUCCACCAGAUCUGUGUUCGAUCUCCUGGACAGAGCCCUCCACCAGAUUUGUGUUCGAUCUCCUGGACAGAACCCUCCACCAGAUCAGUGUUUGAUCAGGACAGAGCCCUCCACCAGAUCAGUGUUCGAUCUCCUGGAAAGAGCCCUCCACCAGAUCUGUAACCCUCCACCAGAUCUGUAUUCAAUCUCCUGGACAGAGCCCUCCACCAGAUCAGUGUUCGAUCUCCUGGACAGAGCCCUCUACCAGAUUUGUGUUCGAUCUCCUGGACAGAGCCCUCCACCAGAUCUGUGUUCGAUCUCCUGGACAGAACCCCUCACCAGAUCAGUGUUCGAUCUCCUGGAAAGAACCCUCCACCAGAUCUGUGUUUCCUCUGGACAGAGCCCUCCACCAGACCAGUGUUCAAUCUCCUGGACAGAGCCCUCCACCAGAUCAGUGUUCGAUCUCCUGGACAGAACCCCUCACCAGAUCAGUGUUCGAUCUCCUGGAAAGAACCCUCCACCAGAUCAGUGUUCGAUCUCCUGGACAGAGCCCUCCACUAGAUCUGUGUUCGAUCUCCUGGACAGAACCCUUCACCAGAUCAGUGUUCAAUCUCCUGGACAGAGCCCUCCACCAGAUCAGUGUUCAAUCUCCUGGAUAGAGCCCUCCACCAGAUCUGUGUUCGGUCUCCUGGACAGAGCCCUCCACCAGAUCUGUGUUCGAUCUCCUGGACAGAGCCCUCCACCAGAUCUGUGUUUGAUCUCCUGGACAGAGCCUUCCACCAGAUCUGUGUUUGAUCUGGACAGAGCCCUCCACCAGAUCAGUACGGAUAUGGCAGAACGACAACAGUACAAGUCGUGA